AGUUUCCGCGGGACGAUGAGCGCGUAGGGAGGGCGAGGAGGCGGUCCUGGAUUUAUCUUCAUUUUUUUCUAUUUCAGCAGGUGCUGGCCGAGGUUGGGAACUUCGCGCCAUGAAGAUUCUGGGCUACAUUGUGGUCAUCAAGAGGUCGGGGGCCGAUGGGACGCCCUUCCCUCUGACCAAUACCAGCUGUUCCAUAGGACGCAAUAAUGAGUGCGACAUCCGAGUCCAGCUGCCCAGUGUGUCCAGACAGCACUGCCGGGUGGACGUGGAACCCAGUGGGAAGGCUUACAUUACCAACCUCAGUCAAACCAAUCCAACACUCCUAAACGACACACCCUUAGCGGGGGAAGAGAUAUCCAUCUUGACUCAUAAGGACUUGCUAACAGUUGCGGACAGGCAGUUCCGCUGGGAAUAUCCUGAGGGAUCUAUACUUGCUACUGUCACCAAGAGAGAAAGGGAUAUUGAUUACAAGAUUCUUUCGCCAAAAGCAAAGUCACCUGUAAGCCAGCACAUGCGUGAAGGUUACAGAUUAGAAACUUAUGAAGCUGAAAGUAACAAGAAGCGGAAACCAGGGGAAACUGAAUUGCCUGAUGCAAAGAGAAAGAGAGUUUCUUUCGGGCCCUAUCUUAACCCUGAACAUUUUGAUAAACAGUUGCCACCAGCUACUCCUGUCAGCAAGGGCGAGAAACCAAACACACGAAGAGCAUCAUUGGAUCUGUCUAGCAGUCCAUUUGUAAAGGGAAGCUCAAAGAAGAAAAACCGCAUUUCACUCAUUCCAAGUGCUUCCGUUAUUACAGAAGAGAGUGGUAUUGACACCCCAACUAAGAGUCUUUUAAGAAGGAGGAGCCCAACUCCUGUGAAACCUUACUUGGCUCGAAGUCUUGGUCUCCUUACUCCCAAGGCAUUAAAUGGAACACCAAACUCAAGCCCAGAAAACUUGAAGACACAUUCGGUGCAAGCUGAAUUAUCAGCUUCUGAAGUAUCAAGUGCAUUGGAGAGUGCCUUUCAGAAGAGCACAAAGGCUGUGGGAUCACUCAGUCCAAGGGACAGCAGUGAUGAUGAAGGAAAUACACUUGCUGUGAAGAGCCCCAAAGCCUCAAGCCCAACAGCUGCCUCUCCAAAGACCAAGAGCCCAGCAGCUGCAACCCCCAAAGCCAAAAGUCCAUCGGCUGCAACUCCCAAGGCCAAGAGUCCAUCUGCAUCUCCCAAGGCCAAGAGUCCAUCUGCAUCUCCCAAGGCCAAGAGUCCAUCUGCAUCUCCCAAGGCCAAGAGUCCAUCUGCAUCUCCCAAGGCCAAGAGUCCAUCUGCAUCUCCCAAGGCCAAGAGUCCAUCUGCAUCCCCCAAGGCCAAGAGUCCAUCUGCAUCCCCCAAGGCCAAGAGUCCAUCAGCAUCCCCCAAGGCCAAGAGUCCAUCAGCAUCCCCCAAGGCCAAGAGUCCAUCAGCAUCCCCCAAGGCCAAGAGUCCAUCAGCAUCCCCCAAGGCCAAGAGUCCAUCAGCAUCUCCCAAGGCCAAGAGUCCAUCGGCAUCCCCCAAGGCCAAGAGUCCAAAGGUUAUCUCUACUAAGAUCAGUAGUCCAAAAAUGUCCCCCAAAAGUACAAAGAGCCCUAAAGCAGUUACUCCAAAGAAACCUAGCCCUCAUACUGCCAGUCCCAAGAAACUAGAAAAGACGCCCAUCGAAAAGAUCCCCAUAAAACUUGUCACCCCUAAAUCUGGAGCCAAGAAACUGUCUUCCCCUAAGGCCAUGUCUGCAAAGAUGACAACCCCCAAGACCAGUCCUAAGACUCAAGGAACACCCAAGAACACUAACUUGAAAACUUCUCCAAAAGUGACCUUAAAGACCUCCCCAGGGAAACUAGGGGCCCCCAAAACCACUCCCAAGAAGCUUGGAACCCCCAAGACCACACCCAAGAAGUUGGGUACUCCAAAAACUACACCCAAGAAAGUGGAUACCCCCAAAGUCACACCCAAGAAGGUGGAUACUCCUAAGAUUACACCCAAGAAGGUAGAUACUCCUAAAGUUGCACCCCAGAAGGUGGAUACCCCUAAAAUUACACCCAAGAAGGUGGAUACCCCCAAAGUCACACCCAAGAAGGUAGAUACCCCUAAAGUGACACCCAAGAAGGUAGAUACCCCUAAAGUGACACCCAAGAAGGUAGAUACCCCUAAAGUGACACCCAAGAAGGUAGAUACCCCUAAAGUGACACCCAAGAAGGUGGAUAUCCCCAAAGUUACACCCAAGAAGGUAGAUACUCCUAAAGUUACACCCAAGAAGGUGGCUACUCUGAAAGCCACACCCAAAAAAGUGGGAACACCCAAGAAAGUAACUCAAUUGGGGAGACUAAAACUUGUACCCAAAAAAGCUGGUGUAAAAACAACUACAAAAACCACUCCCAAGUCAACAUCCUCAAGAGGACAGAAAAGGAAGGCCAGCUUGACACCUCAGGCAGCAGCAAAAUCCAAGAAGACCAAAGUAGCUGUAGCCACACCUAAGCAAGGAAGCACACCUAAGAAAACGCCAAAGAAAGUUCAAGCAAGAGUUUUGGGUAAGACCCCUGGAAAGACCCCAGGAAAGACCCCUAAGAAGUCCUGGGCAGAUGUGCUGAAGCGAGGCCUCAUGGCGCGGAAGAUGCCGUCAUCCAAGGCCCAACGUGCCAGGGAAGUUAUCCAGAAGGCAAGAGUCCUCAGGGAUUCUCGUAAGGCUGGAGGAGUGAAGGGUGCUUCAAAUACCAAAUUUUCUUUGGAGGUGCCACAAAACUUUGAUUUUAAAACUUCUACCACUGGGCAUGUCAAUUCACCAGCUCCAAUCUUCAUUUACAAGAAAACCGCAAAAACACCCCGUGUCUUUCGAAAAGGACGAAAAAGCCCCCUUAAGUCCAGAACCACAGGACCAGCAGGAACUGAUGAACACUUGGAGGGAUUGGCAGGGCUCAUGGAUACCCCAGGCAAAGUGGUUGAUUCAGAAGCUAGGAUGGCACAUAAUAUCAAAACUAGUGAAUCUAUCCCAGGAGUUUCCUUGAACCACUUAUCUGCACCAGAAGGCUCACCUCGUCCAAGAGGAAGACCUCCAAAACAAGCAACAAGUCCAUCAAAGACACCACAGGCCUCACCUCGUCCAAGAGGAAGACCUCCAAAACAAGCAACAAGUCCUGCAAAGACACCGGAGGGCACACCUCGCCCAAGAGGUAGGCCUCCAACAAAGACUGCAAGUCCAGUAAAGACACUGGAGGGCUCUCCUCGACCUAGAGGUAGGCCUCCAACCAAGUCUGCAAGUCCAGCAAAGACACCAGAAGGCACACCUCGCCCAAGAGGUAGGCCUCCAAAGAAAGACAGCACUUCAAGUCCGGUGAAAAUGCCUCAGAACAUAUUUGGUUUUACAGAGCAAAUAGAUGUUUCAAGCCCAAGUAAAAAUACAUUAGACUUAAAAUCUCCAGAGCAACUUAGUGUUGCAAGUCCAGUAAAAACUCCAGAAGAACCAACACCAAAACGUAGAGGAAGGCCGCCCAAAUAUUCAAUGACGCCAAAUCUAAAAACUCCUUCAGGACCUUCAGCAUCAGAUUUUGAGGAUUCUUUAGGUGCAUCACCUGCUCUUUUCUCUCCAUGCACUCCAAGCAUUGUCAGCAAUAGUCACACUUCAGUUAAAAUGAGUAUGUCCUAUGCCAAUACUCCAUCAUCAUAUGGUAAUACCACAAACUUUGAUUUCUCCUCCAUUAAGACGCCAGAUGUAACAGAGGACAAAUUCAUUUCACCACUUGUAACACCUGCUGUGGCUAACAACACUCCUGAGCGUUUAUUGCGAAGUGUACGUGGAAAGUCUGCUUUGGCCUCACCAGAAGAAGUACCCAUAGAAACUGAUGCCACUACUUUUGACUUUGAGUGUGCCGACACUCCAAAUGUUUCACAGGAUAUAUUUGUCUCGCCAGUGGGUGUAAAAUCUAAAACAUCACCUGAAUUAAGAGGUUUGAAGUCCUUGUACAAGAAAAAUAAUGCUGCAGACUAUAAUAAUGUUGAGGGAUUGAAAAAGCUAAUGUCAACACCAAAGCCUGAUAAUGUGACAAGUUCAUCCUAUACAACUGUUUCUGGUUUGAGAAACUUGAUGAAAACGCCCAAAAUGCCAGUUCCGGAGAAAGAAGCUGAUGACACUCACUUACCUGGAAUACGGAAAAUUCUGCGGACGCCAAAGCCUGCUUCUGAAAGCCCUCAAGCUGACUAUUCAAAUGUUGCUGGUGUCCGUAAACUGCUGAAGACACCAGCACCUAGUGUUGCAGAGAGAGAAGCUGAUGAUUCUCACAUACCAGGAAUCAGGAAAGUCUUGCGAACACCAAAACCUAAUCCAGAAAGCCCCAAAGCCGAUUAUACAAGUGUCACUGGAUUGCGUAAACUCAUGAAGACCCCUAAAGCAAAUGCCCCAGAAGAGCCAGUUGAUGACUCCAAACUCUUUGGUAUUGGAAAAAUGUUACGGACACCAAGAACCACAGAAUGUCCUGAAGCUGAUUACACAAAUAUUCAUGGAGUGCAUAAGUUAAUGAAAACACCUAAAGGGCCUGUACCUGAGCGUGAAGCUGAUUACACCCACAUCUCAGGGAUUAGGAAAGUACUGAGAACACCCAAGCCAACACCACCCUCUCCAAAAGCAGAUUAUAAUAAUAUUGCUGGAGUUAAAAAUCUACUAAAGACCCCAAGAGAGGAAACUCUGAAUGAGGCAGAUUAUACCAAUGUUACUGGACUGAAGAGGUUAUUAAGAACUCCUCGUAGUGCCAAAGAAACUGCAGAGGCUGACUACACUAAUGUACAAGGAUUAAGAGAUCUAAUGAAAUCUCCAAGACAGAAACCAGAGAAUGUGGAAAUGGAAGCAGAUUAUACAGAACCAAAAGGAUUAAGGAAUCUGAUGGCUACCCCUGCUCAGAAGCGUCUGGAGCCUUUGGCAGAUUAUACCAAUGUAAAGGGUAUGAAACGAAUGCUCUCAACCCCUCAGACUCACAUUAAUGCACCAGAAGCUGAUUACACCAAUGUGCAUGGAGUGAAGAAUAUUAUGAGAACACCCAAAUCUCAAGAUUAUUCUUUGGAGGUUGACUUACAAGGGUUAGGGCAGUUAAUGAAAACCCCUCUUACUGACCAAACUAAUGUAGUUGGUCAAGUAACUGAACUGGUACGCCAGACUACCACACCAGCUUCAGGUAGAAAGUCACGAAGAGCUCCAAAAGUUAUCAGUCCAACAACAAGCUCACCUUCAGAAAAUAUACCUCCUGUAGAGCCACUUAAAUCCCACACAGAGGUAGUACAAGAGAAAGAACUUGAUGAAGGCCUGACUCCACGAAGAACUCGAAGAACAAUCAAAACUGAGUCAGAAAGCAAUACACCAGUGAGACGUGGGCGAUCCCGUCAAGUUAACGUUAAGAAUGAAGUGGCACAAGAGGAUUCUCCAGUUUCAUCAACUCGUAGCCGCAGGGGCAAACGGGGAACUGCACCUGAAGAGGUAGCUGAGGUGCCACAGAAGAAGUCAAAGAGGCGGCAGAAUCAGGCAGAAGAAUCGGUGGAUUCAAAUGAUGGAUCUGAGGAAAAAAUAGUUGAAUUGCCAGUUCCAUUUAAUGUUGAUGAAAAAGAAUCGGAGGAAAUUGUUGAAGAAAAGAAAUCUUUACCAAGGAGAGGUGGCCGAAGCCGCAAGGAUGCGGUUUUGCAGAAUGAAGUAACAACUAAUGAAGAAACAGAAGUGGCAAAGGUUUUGACACCAGUGAAAAGAAGACAAAAGCAGUCUGAAGAUAUAGAAGUGAACCUCCCAGUUGCAGUGGAAGCAGCCAUUGAAGAGCCUGUAAAACCAUCUACACCAGUAAAGAGAGGACAAAGAAGGGCUCAACCAAAGAAAGAAGAAGAAACUGAUGAUGUGUCUUUAGACAUCCCUGCUGUAAAACGUACAAGAGGAAAGUCAACCAAAGAAGUUGCCAAAGUAGAAGAAUCCCCCAAAGUUUCAACACCAGUGCGAAGGGGACGAAGAAGAGGUCAGGCUGAAAUUGAAAAAGAAGCCGAACCCCAGGAACUGCCUGAGACACCUAAUGUAGAUGAAGUACAAACGAGUGUGGAUGAAGACCUGGAAAAGCCAGUGAAAAGUCGUGGUAAGAGAGUACGUGUGGUUGAGCCGAAAGAAGUAAAUACUGAAGAAGUGAAGCCUACAACAAGAAGAGGGCGCUCACAAAAGGUUGUAGAGGAAUUGGACACAGAGGGGGAAAAAAUGGUAGAUAGCAAGCCAAAGGGUGGAAGAAGAGCUGCGAGUAAACAAGAAACGUCAGAAGCUAAUGAAGAAUUAGUGAAGCCUGUCAGCAGUGGACGUGGUCGUGGUAAGAAAAAGACCGACGAAGCAGAAAAAGACAGCAACCAGGAAACAGAGCAGCCAACCCCAGUCAAAAGACGUGGUAGAGCUGCAAAGGCUAUUGAAGAACCUGAGCCUACUUCAGAAGCUUCUACACCAUCAACAACCACCAGAAGAGGUCGUGGUAAGGCCACUAACAAUAAGGAGGAGGAGGAAAGCGAGUCCUCUCAGGACCAAGUGAAAACUACCAGCCGUGGUCGAGGCCGCAAACAAACCACAAAAGAUACUGAAGAAACCGUUGUAGCUGAGCCUGAAACAAAGACACGAAAAACAAGGGGCAAAAAAGAGGAGCCUGCGAAGAAUGAGGAGGAAGUUGCACAAACCUCUACCAGAUCGAGACGAAAAGUUGAUACAGAGGAGAAAGUGACAAAGGUGACUAGACAGACAAGGUCACGGAAGUAAAUUAGCAGUACAACUGUAUACCUGAGUACCUGCCUGCAUUUACUGCAAUAGAAGUAAAAUGUUUUAUACUAUCAGAAGGUUAUCUUACUUUUACUGUCAUGAUUUCAACAAAAAAAUCUGUUUAUAUCAUUUUACAUUUGUAACACUUUUUUAAGACUAGUAUUGUAGAUAUGUUAGGUGUUUUAGUGUGUCUUUUAUGUAAUUGUAAAGAUAUUUUUGUCAAACUGACAAAUAAAUAAUUCUAUAGGAAUGUCCCUGAAUGGUUACUUUUACCAUUGGGAUUUAUAUUUUCUGGUAACCAGAUACCAUAAGGAGACAUUGGGGGUAUUUAAAAUUAGUUGUUUUCCUUCAAGAUUUGUCCUUUAUACAUUUUCAACACUUUUUCAACAUCAUCUUUUUUUUUUUGUCAAUGAUAGUAUUGACAGUACAUUAUUGCAUAGCUUACAAUAUCUACUCACUCUCUUACAUAUUUUAAUUUCCUUUAUAUGUGCAAGAUUUGAAGGUUUAGAAAUAAGUUUCUUUCCUUUUUUAUUCUUUAUAAGCUAACAGAGGAAUUCACAAAUGAAAUUAGAUAAAGCAUGUAGAUAGCAGUCAUUAAAUUGUGAAUGUG